CCAAAACAAGGCCAGCCAACUCGAGCCCCAACAAGUCCCAUCUCUAACUGUCCGUCUCCAACCUCCGCGAUUAAAACAGCUGCAGCGCGAAAUAACCCUUUGCUCAAAAAUACGUAAAAUAUGGCCAAGAAAGCUCAAGCCCCUCAAAACAGCUGAGAAAACGAGUCCCAAUAAGUAAUACUAUUAUUGCUCAAUAUAAUUCCAUUUGUGCUCUUACAAGCUUCCAAAGCAACAACUUAAAAAAGUAAAAAAAAUAAAUAAAUAAUUAAAAGAAAGUGACAAACCGAAAGAAAGCAAAGCAAAGCAAAGAGUGAGAAAGAAAGAAAGAAAGAAAGCCAAAAGAAAAGUGCCUAAAUCCCCAUGUGUUUUCCGCCCAGAAGUUAAUUCUCACCUCCUAAGGCGCUUAAAGCCUCUGUCCAGCCCCCCUUCCGGAUUCACCUUUAAUUAAAUAUCAAAAAAAAAAAAGAAUUAAAAUAAAAGCACAUGAGUUGGAUUAAUAGAAGUCAACUGGAAUAGGCCGAACCCCUCGCACAGCUGAGACUGGUAUAUUAUGGAAAAAGCGAAGGCAUAUAUCAAGAAUGAACUUCGCGGUGGCAGCCAGCAAUCCGAGCCAGCAACCACGCCCACUCCGCCCUCUCCGGCCUCGGCACCGCCUGCUCUGCCAGCUGGAAAGCAUCCCUCGUAUCCGCCAGCGGAGCUGAUGCCCUCGCCGGGAGCAGCAGCUCAUCGCACGAGAACGCCCAGCGAACAGUAUCACCUGGGCUAUCCACCGCAUCCUGCCCAGCACUACUAUCCGCCGCAUAUGGCCGGAGCCAAAUCGACCGGAAGGGCGUCAGCGCCACCCGACCACCACCAGGUACCCAUGACGGUGUGCUUCGUGUGCGGAGGACAUGGUGGCUAUGAGCCGCAGCCCCUGCGGAUCCGGUAUAACGCCGAGCGACCGGCAGAGUCGUACUUCCCCUUUCUGGAGCGACACGAGCCGCCGAACGGGGUUCCGGCAGUGGCGCCCGGCCAGGAGUACGUGUGGGCGUGCAUGCUCUGCUUCCGGUCCCUCAACGAGCAGUGGGACGCCUACGAGCGGCAGAAGAAGCCGCUGCUGCAGCGCAUCUACCACAUGAAGCGGGUGGACGGCAAGGGCUACAUCGGGGCGGAUGUGGCCACCCAGAGCGAGUACGCCGCCCAGGUCCUGGGCCUGAGUGCCGAGCAUCUCACCCAGAACGGUGGCCUGGUGGAGGGCCAUGAUCCCUACGCUUUGCCGCGCCACUACUCGCCGCAACAGCCGCAAGCUCACCUCCAGCACCACCAUCUCAGUACCUCGAGAAAUGCCUCGCCCUCGCCAAAUCCCAGUGCCGCCGGUGGUGGGGACUUCUACCCGAGGAACUCCACCACCCCGUCGAGCAACCACAACCGGUACCUGAGUCGUCCGCAGUCGCGGGACAUGCCGGUGGCCUCGCCCACAUCCCGACCGCCCAGCGAGCCGCCGGCGGCCCUCAACCGCCAGUCGGGCAGCUACGCCCACCAGAAGUUCAAGCUGAGCUCCUCGGCCACCUCCAACCCACCGCCGGCUGGGUAUCCGGGCCAGGCGGCCUACCACCCCGCCCAGUACCAGCAGCUGCAGCAGCAGACGGCCGCCUACCACAUGCUCCAGCAGGUGAGCACCGCCGGCGGAGGAGGACCCGGCGGAGAACCAUCCUCGCACUACAAGGGCAAUCCCUACAGCGCCCUGCCGUCUCCCGGAAGCGGACAACUACCUCCACCGAUCCCAAACGCCGACGACGACAACGCAACGGUCCUGGACCUCCGGAACUCCUCCAACUCCAGUGCUCCCCCGCCGCCGGCCGCCCCCCGUAGUGCCAGUGCGGCGUCCACCAGCCAGCCCCAGUCGGAGGUUGGCAUCCUGGACCUCUCCAUGCCCGACAAGAACUCCAUCACGGAGGUCUGCUAUGUGUGCGGGGACGAGCAGCGCCGUGGCAGUCUCAUGGAGCUGAGCACGGUGAAGCCCCGGGAAACGGGCAGACCCGGCCAGGCGGUGGCCUACUUUCCGCUCUUCAACGAGCAGCAUCCGCGACCAGCUCGCUCCCGUCCAAAGGAUCCGCGCGGCAUGAUCCAGGCCUGCCUGCCAUGCUACGAGGACCUCAUGCAUCAGUGGAAUGCCCACCAGGCCUCUCACAAACCGGAAUCGGAGCGAUCCUAUCAGUUGCGAAAACGCUCCACGCCCGCAGCCGAGAGAACCACCUUCGUCUGCUACACCUGCGGCUCGGACACGCCCUCCUCCCAGCUGCGUCUGGUCUACUGCUGUCCGAAUGCCGAGCGGGAACCCUACUACUCCUUCAUCAAGACCAUGGUAGCCUACAAGAACGCUAGUCCCAUCAGUCCGCAGGGCAUGGUCCAAGUCUGCUCUGCCUGCAAUGAGAAGCACAGCAGCCAGGCGGAAGGUGGUCCGCCUCCGGCUGCCCACUCGAGUGCUUCGCCCAGUAUUGGACACGCGCUGGAAGCGACCUCGGCGAUGUACAAUUCCAGCGGAGCUAUAGCCGGCAACAGUGUCGCACCGUUUGGGGGCCGCAAUUCCCCAUCGGAGAAGUCCCUGGCGAAUUCAGAUUCCACGAGUAACGUGCGGUUUAGGCCCUACGAGACGAACUCUAACAAUUCCAAUUCAAACACGGCACGCGACCUCAAACAAAUCCGUCGCAGCGAUUCGCGACCCAACUCCCCCAGUUCCAGCCAAGGAGGAGCCAUCGAAAAUGGUCACGGCCAGUAUCCUUGUUCCAUUUGCAAAGUACUCUGCCCCUCUAACAAAAUGGAUUGGCUGUCCACCAGUGCCGAGCACAUGAAUUCCCAUGCCAUGCACUUUCCCUGUCUCAAGGCCAAUGCCGUCAACACCAACAACAACAACAAUAGUAAUAAUAAUAAUAACAGCAACAACAAUAAUAACAAUAACAACAACAACAGUAAUAAUAAUAACAAUAACAACGAGUUCAGCAGUAAUCGCGUGCUGGCCUGCAAGGACUGCAAGGAUUACUUGGCCAGCCAGUGGGAGUCUAUGGACGCCGAAAGGGUACCACUCGAGCACAGAAGAUACAACAUUCCCUCACCCAUGAUGAACUCCAGUUCGCCAAACGGAUCUCGGCACGGCGCCAUGAGCAUCAACACGCCGCCCUCCACACCAUCUAUAGCGUCGUCGACGGCUGCCAGCCAGUCCAUCUACUGCUUCCUGUGUGGCCUGCACUCGGACUUUUCUCUUGCCAGAAUUCUAUAUGCCAGCAAGGAGGGAUCCAGACCUUAUUUUCCUCUGCUGCUGAAACACAACUCGCUGCCCAAUGCCGAGCAAUUGAGGAACAAUUUGGCAUUGGUCUGCACCUUCUGUUACCAUUCCAUGUUGAAUCAGUGGCGCAAAUAUGAGGCACAGAGUCCCAGCGUUAACCCAGCGGAUCGCAAAUACAAUUGGCACGAUUACAACUGUCACCUGUGCGGGAUUACAACGUAUAGGAAGCGGGUGCGGGCCUUACCCGUCAACGAGUUUCCAUUCGUGAAGAACCAGAAGAGCGAGGAUGGACUGCUUCUUGAGAAUGGAGAAUAUGCGGUCGUUUGUUUGGAUUGCUAUGAGAGCUUAAGACAACAAGCCUCGCAGCAUGACCGCUUCGGGGUGCCCAUAUCGAGGCGGGCCUACAACUGGGUGCCCCAACCACCGCCCCCGGAGGACAGUCCCGAGUCCGCAGUGGCACGAUUGCCCUGCGGCGAACGGUCCGAUCGCAUUCUCAUCAGCAACGCUCUGAGGCCCGUGCCAGGAAAGAAAACGACAUCGCCCAAGCAGUACGACAAGUCAAAAGAAGUGCCGCCGAAGGCUGGACAAAAGCGACCGGCCACCAGUCCUGCGCCGCACAUCCCAGUGCCGCAUCACCUGCAAACGCCUCCCGGCGGCGGCGGUGGUGGUGGUGGGGGCGGAGGCUCCGCGGUGGCUAACAGCCCGGCACCGCCCACCGCCGGUGGCAACCCCCUGCUAAACCACGCCCUGCCCAGCAAUCACAUCGGUACCCCCUCGCCGCAGCAGCAUUCCCACCAGCAGCAGCAGCAACAGCAACAACACCAGGCGCAGCAGCAGGCGGUGGCAGCUGCAGUGCAGCAGCAGUUGGCGGCCGGAGUGGGCUUGCCCCCGGGAGCCAUCGGAGCUGCUUCGGCGGCGAACAGUCGCGGCUCCUUUGCUGCCGCCCUGCGGACGCUGGCCAAGCAGGCCGACAUCAAGGAGGAGGAUGUGGGCGGCGACAGGAGUGUGCCUACUUCGGCAGCGGGAGGACCACCUCCGACAUCCGGCCCGGGGCCCCUGAACUCGGUGGCAUCGCGUGGCGGAUCGGACAGGCCUGGCGAGGACAGGGUGUCCAGCAACAAGAAGCGGUCGCCACCGUCUCCCCAGCCGCCGGAGAAGAUUGCCCGGCUAAGUCAUAUUCCACAAACGGCGUCGCUGCAACCAGAACUGCUGGCCAGGAGCGGGUUCCAGCCCUACAGAUCGGAUGAGCGGUUGAUGCAUCCGGCCGGAGCCUUUCCUCUGGAGGCGUACUCGCACUUUGCCGGCUUGCCAGGAAUUCCACCAGCGGCUUUCCUCAACCCCGCCGGACUGCCGUACACGGAACAGCUUUAUCUGGAGCACCGCUACCAACUGCUCCGGGCCGCCAACGCCCAUCCCUCGCAUCCGCACGCGGCUGCUUUGUACCCACAGAUGGCCUCUCCCUACUCCCACCUCUACUCGAUGAUGCCGGGAGCGGCGCUGGGUAUUUCGCCGGCCAUGCACGACCGGAUUAAGCUGGAGGAGGAGCACAGGGCGCGGCUGGCUCGCGAGGAGGAGCGCGAGCGAGAGCUGCAGCGCGAGAAGGAGCGAGAGCUGCGGGAACAGCGUGAGAAGGAGCAGCGAGAGAAGGAGCAGCGCGAAAAGGAGCAGCGGGAGCGAGAGCAGCGCGAGAAGGAGCAGCGGGAGAAGGAGGCCCGGGAGCGGAAGCUGCGGGACGAGGAGCGCGAAAGGGAGCGGGAGCGCCAGCAAUUGCUUAACGCCUCGCAUCACUACUCGAAUCAGCUGUACUCGCCACUGAAUCGCAACCUCCUGGGCUCCAUGAUGCCCCAUCUCAACCUGGGCCUGCGAGGUCCUCCUGGGCCACUGCACGGUCUCCCUGGAAUGUCGCACUACCACGCGGCAGCUGCAAAUGCCCAGCGUCAGAGUCCACAUGCUGCCAUGGGCCUCAACCUGGGCAUGCCGGGACUACCGGGCGUGGGUGUCUCCCCACUGGGAGGCCACGGGCCGCCCAACUUGCAGCACCACCUGCAGCAGGCAGCUAUGGGACUGGCCCAUCCGGCGGCCGCUGGUCUAACGCAUCCUGGAUUCUCCGCUGCAGCCCUAGGGCUGAGUGCUCAUCCGCAUAGUCUGAACCUCAGUCACCCGCACAUGUCGCCGCACCAUCCCGCCUCGCUGGCUGCCGCCCAUCAGAUGCCACCACACACCUCGGCGGCGUCGGUAGGAGGAGUGGGUGUGUCCAACUCCAUUCCCGUGACGUCAAGCUCCAGUUCCUCUGCAUCCUCGCCACACGCCAGCCUUAAUCUUACCGCGGCUGUGAAGCACGGGGCGGAGCAGUCGGCUCCCACUUCGACGCCCAGCGGCAGCAGUGGAAGCGGAGUGCCGCCAACCACGUCCAGCUCGCACAUUCCUCCCAUGAGUCACUACUAUCCCAUGAGCCACGGCCACUUGGCGGCCAUGCAUGCAGCCGCAGCGGCGGCCAGCGGUCUUACUCCGACGGCCGCCCACCAACAGCAGCCCAUUUCGCUGCCCAGCUCCCCCAAGAUCACGCCCCCCAUAACGCCCUCUUCCUCGGCUAAUGGUGGCCGAGCCGGCGGCAGUCCCCACGCCAUGAGGCAUCACAUCGCCGCUGUGGUGGCAGCUCAGCAAUCGGCGCUGAUCGAUAAGGCAGCCACACCGAUUUCCCAUGAGCCUACCACCUUGGACCUGACCGGAUCCAAUUCGAACUCCAGUAACCAGGCCCCUUCGAACACCAGUACUGGACAGCCGGCCACCCACGAACUGAACGGAGCCGAGUCCAAUGGAGCUUCGCAGGGGGAGAGCAAAGAGCAGGGCAAAGAGGAUCCCCUGAAGAGCUCUCCGCCACCAGUGGCGCUGGACAAGAAGCCAGCCACCCCGAACACCGUGCUGGACAAGCCCCUGCACCCGGACAGCUCACCAGAGCAGGGAUCGCGACGCAGCGCCAGCCCGCAGUCGGAGACGAACAACUCGCUGCCGGCGACUGGAGUGACUCCAACAUCAGGUAAUUGCAAAGAGGAGCCUGCAAAGAUUCCAGACUCGGACGUUAAGACAGAAACAGCCGGAGAAGAGCUCGAGGAGAAGAAGCGCCCUGACCGAUUGUCAGUGUCGCCGGCACCAGCUCCUCCGGCAGCUAUUUCCUCGGUGGCUUCGCCGGACACAGUGUCCACUUCCGGUGGGGUGACAUCCACCACAAGUGGCACCACCCCGCCGCCAGUGGUCAGUAGCAGCACCAACACCAACAGUGCCAGUGCAGUGACCGGCAAGCCAACGGCAGCUGCCCAGACCAGCGAUGAGGUGUCCACCAGUGCCGCCACCACCACUGCCACCGAGACAGCCAGAUGAUGAAGAGUACAUGAGAAGAAGCAGAAGGAUCUAGUCCCCUGGCGGGAGUGGACGGACAGUCAAAAGAUUCGUUUAGUUUUAAGUUUGAAAAGUCGCCUCGGAUCGGAACUAGUUAACAUCUACCUUCAGUAACAUUUAAAUAAGCGAUAAUUUAGUGUGUAGUCGAUCAUCUUUAUUUAUAAAUGAAUUUGUAGUGUAUUGCCAGCGCCGGCUAGAUUCAAUUCUAAAUGAUUUAAAGCCUUAGUUAUUAUCAUUUGGCCUGUUUAAAUGUGAAGCUUUUAAUUUUAGAAAUGGCAUGAAUAAAUCAUUUUUGUUUUAAAA